GCCGCCGCGGAGUGUCUUCACCCCUCUCGCCGUUUCCGUCAGAUCUGUGGUUUUCCUGCUGGAAGGACACAAUGUUUUCCAAACUAGCCCGUGUGCAGACCGUUGCUGUGCUUUGCCGUGGAGUUCAUUCUUCAGUGGCCUCUGCUACAUCUGUUGCAACUAAAAAGACGGUCCAAGGCCCUCCAUCUUCGGAUUACAUUUUUGAGCGGGAAUAUAAAUAUGGUGCACACAAUUACCAUCCUCUACCUGUGGCCCUGGAGAGAGGAAAAGGUAUUUAUGUAUGGGACAUUGAAGGCAGAAAAUAUUUUGACUUCUUGAGUGCUUAUAGCGCUGUCAACCAAGGGCAUUGUCACCCCAAGAUUGUGGACGCUCUUAAGAGUCAGGCGGACAAAUUGACCUUAACAUCCAGGGCUUUUUAUAAUAACGUACUUGGUGAAUAUGAGGAGUAUGUUACUAAGCUUUUCAACUACCAGAAAGUUCUUCCGAUGAAUACAGGAGUGGAGGCUGGAGAGACUGCCUGCAAACUUGCCCGUAGAUGGGGCUAUACUGUGAAGGGUAUUCAGAAGUACAAAGCAAAGAUAGUGUUUGCAGCUGGAAACUUCUGGGGUAGAACGUUGUCUGCUAUUUCCAGUUCCACAGACCCUUCCAGUUAUGAUGGUUUUGGACCAUAUAUGCCAGGUUUCGAAAUCAUUCCAUAUAAUGAUCUGCCUGCACUUGAGCGUGCUCUUCAGGAUCCAGAUGUUGCUGCAUUUAUGGUAGAACCCAUUCAGGGUGAGGCUGGUGUUCUUGUUCCGGAUCCGGGUUACCUCGUGGGAGUGCGCGAACUCUGCUCCAGGCAUCAGGUUCUGUUUAUUGCUGAUGAAAUACAGACAGGAUUGGCCAGAACUGGUAGAUGGCUGGCUGUUGAUCAUGAAAACGUCCGACCUGACAUAGUCCUUCUUGGAAAAGCGCUUUCUGGUGGCUUAUACCCUGUGUCCUCAGUGUUGUGUGAUGAUGAAAUUAUGCUGACCAUCAAACCAGGGGAACAUGGGUCGACGUAUGGAGGCAAUCCGCUAGGCUGCCGAGUAGCCAUCGCAGCCCUGGAGGUUUUGGAAGAAGAAAACCUUGCUGAAAAUGCAGACAAAAUGGGCACUAUCUUGAGAAAUGAACUCAUGAAGCUACCUUCUGAUAUCGUAACUGCCGUAAGGGGGAAAGGAUUAUUAAAUGCCAUCGUUAUUAGAGAAACCAAAGAUUAUGACGCUUGGAAAGUGUGUCUGCGACUUCGUGAUAACGGACUGCUGGCUAAGCCCACCCACGGUGACAUCAUCAGGUUUGCACCCCCUCUCGUGAUCAAGGAGGAUGAGAUUCAGGAGGCCGUGGAAAUCAUUAACAAAACCAUCUUGUCUUUCUGAGCUGGAGAGGAUGCAGUUCAGUCAUGCCUGCGGACGUGGCCUUGGUAGUUGUAGAUAGCAAGCAUAGUCUAGGCUGACCGGUAGACUCCGGAGCAGCCAGCGCUGCUUUCUCUGACUUCUGACUGUAAGAAUAGAACAUGAAGCCGUGUGUUCAGGGAAACAUUGGAUUUUGUGAAAAAAGAUUCCUUUUGGAGAGAGGGACAGAUUGUUCAGUCAAUCCUGUUGCCCUUACCCAUGGUAUUUAUAACUUUUCCGUUUUUCUUUUUACCAGAACUGAAUAUUUCAGACAUUUCUCUGUAAUGAUAAGCGUUUCUCAUUCUCAGACGACUGUAGUAUUUCAUCAUGUGACUUUGUUUGAUCUUACGUCAGGGGACCACUUGGCUUGUUCUGGGUUUUACACUCUAAAUAAAGCUCCUGUUCCGGGGAGUCUGUGUUUUUGGAGAGUCUUGACCCUGCUGAUUUCCCAAACUUUCUUUCUAGUAAUAAACAUUUCCCUGUGAAAAUGCAAAAAAAUAAAUGAAGCUUAUGACUUUA